AUGAAAAGUGAAAAAGUAGACCCAUUUUAUGAAGCAAAACAUGAAGUUGAUAUAUCAGUAAAUAAUCUACAGAAUUUAUAUAAUAAAUGGAAUAAUAUACCUGAUAAAAAUUCUCCUUUAGCAAAAGAAAAAUAUACUUUAAUAAAAGAAGAAAUAAAAUAUUUAAAUGAAGAUUUAAACGACUUGAAUAAUUCAAUCAAUGUUGUUAAAAAAAAUUUAUAUAAAUUUAAUAUUAGCAAUGAAGAAAUUGAGAACAGAACUAAAUCUCUGAAAAUAAUUCAAAAAAUUUUAAAUGGAAUAACAAAUAAUAUAAACUAUAAUGUUCAAAAAUGUAAUGAUAAUAUAAUGAUUGAUUAUGAUAAAGUUAUUUUAAAAAGACAAGAUAACGAUUUGGAAGAAUUAGCAGAAUCUGCAGAAAGACUGCAUAAUGCUGCUAUAACCAUUAAUACAGAAUUAAAAGACCAACAAAAGUUACUUGAUGAACUAGAAAAUGAAAUGGAUUAUUCAAAUGAAAAAAUGAAUUUUGUAACAAAAAAGAUUUCAGAUUAUCUAAAAACAAAUAAUCCAAAGGUUUUAUCAUUAAUACUUUAUUUGUCAUUGAUAGCUUUUAUUCUAUUAUUUGUUCUUAUAGUUUCGUAA